AUGGAGAAAUACGGAACAACACCAAAUUAUCAUGUUAAAAAAGUAGAUCAUUUUGGAUUUUCAGGAACUAAUGCAGCGAAUGGAACUGGUGCAUAUAAACAAAAGAGUUAUUGUACUAUUGUUGGAGGUGUUUCAGGCUGGGAUCCUAGUUGCAGACCACAAGGAAAAAAACAAAAAUUAACAUUAUACCAUUAUUAUAAUGGAGGUAUGUCAUUUUAUGUUCCAAUAGGUGAUGAACCAAUUUUCCCACAAAAUUAUUGUAAAGUAGCAAUAAUUAAUGGAUUUUUUGAUAAUAUCCUUAAACUUACUGAAGACGUUGAAGGAAAAUGGAGUACUUCUUCUUCUGUAGAAAAAUUAUUCACUUGGGUUCAUGCAAAAGAAACUAAAACUGGAUAUCGUGGAACACUUGUUGGUGAUGUUGUAGUUGAAGAAGAUGGAUUUACAUGGAGGUUAAUGGACAAUGGGUGGUACUUCAUUGGGAAAUAUCCAGGAUAUGCACUUUAA